AUGCCGCGCUCCAAUUACGACGACGAAAAUGACUACCGCAGCGGGCACAGCUCGCGUCGAAACCGAUCCCCCGACUACUACUCCGGCGCGGGAGGCGGUCCUGCUGUAGGCUUUGGCGAUCCUGGACGUCCCUUUCGCGACGACGAGCCCUUUGAGCGUGAGGAGAUGACGCUUAUGCCGCCCGCUCAAAGCUACGGCCGCGCCAACUCGAUGCCGCCCGACAAUGCGCUAGCCUAUCGAGAUGGCUCCCAGUCGCCCUACGAGCGUUCUCGCGGCGGCCACAGCCGGCGCUCGCGCUCGCGCUCCGCCUAUGAUGACGACGACGGCGAAUCGCGCCGGGAUCACCGUCGCGGCUCUCCGAGCCCCAUGAGCCGCGCACGCAACACCAUGGAGGACAACUUCAGCAACUCGUCCGCUGGUAUUGGUGCGGGUAUUAUAGGGGCGGUUGUUGGAGGCCUUGUAGCCAACAAGGCGACUGAUGCGGCGUACAAUCGCGGCGCAAAGGGUGGCCACCAGCACCACCACAACGACGACCAUACGGUGCCAAAGGCGGUCUCGACGAUUCUGGGUGCCGUUGCAGGUGGCCUGGGUGCCAACGCAUUCGCGCACCACGUCGAGGGAGAGCGUGAAAAGAGACGUGAGCGCGAGCGCCCACACCGAAGCCAGAAUGAUGAUGGCGACUAUUACCGCCGACAUUCCCACUCGCGACGUGAUGAUGACUAUGAGGAUCGCGACGACCGCCGACGUGACGACCACAGAAGGCACAGAGAUUGA